AUGCCCUCAUCAACGAUCGAGGCGUCCAAGUUCGACUCGAUUCCCGACGCCGUCGAGGCCUUUCGCAACAAUGAGUUUGUCGUCGUGCUCGACGACCCGGGCCGCGAGAACGAGGCCGACCUGAUCAUCGCCGCCGAGGGCUGCACCGCCGAGCAGAUGGCCUUCAUGGUGCGCUACACCUCGGGCCUCAUCUGCGCCCCGAUCCCCGCCGCGCGCACCGCCGAGCUCGAGCUGCCGCAGAUGGUCGCCGCCAACGAGGACCCGCGCUCGACGGCCUACACCAUCUCCGUCGACUCGGCCGACCCGUCCGUCACGACCGGGAUCGGCGCCCACGACCGCGCCCUCGCCGUCCGCGCCCUCGCCGACCCGGCCGCCACCCCGGCCAGCUUCCGCCGCCCGGGCCACAUCUUCCCCCUGCGCGCCGCGCCGGGCGGCGUCCGCCAGCGCCGCGGCCACACCGAGGCCGCGAUAGACCUGUGCCUGCUGGCCGGCAAGAGGCCCGCCGCCGCCAUCUCCGAGCUCGUCGACGACGGCGGCGAGGUCGCGGGCCGCGCGGUGCGCACCGCGCCCGGCAUGAUGCGCGGGGAGCAGUGCGUCGCCUUUGCGCGCAAGUGGGGGCUCAAGGUCUGCACCAUCGAGGACAUGGUGACGUACCUGGAGAAGACGCAGGGCAAGCUCGAGGCCACCAACGGGUCGUCAUGA